AUGACGAUGCACGCCAUUAAUGCCGCUGGGCGACGAAUUUCGCUCCUUAACGACGAAAGCGCAUGCCAACAGCCUCAACAAGAACAACAGAAACAACAGCGACCGCCCCUGAGCUUUCACUCCAGCUACGCUCUCACCCACUCAUACCCCACCCCUGGCAGCAAUGCCUCUUCGCCCAACACUCCUGAGCUUCUGCGCUCCGAUUCUUAUGAUUCUCAAAUGAGCAACGAUCCUUUGUCUCCUUUGACUCCCAACGUCGACUACUACCCUCGGCAACAGGUCAUGUAUACUAUUCCCCAAGACUACAACAUGGACGCCAAGCAUGCUGCAUACUCAGACAGCACUCGUUCAGCCUCCUACGACGCUGAGAUGGUCAGCCAACCUCGAUCAUCGCCAAUGCCCGACCGCCCCGGAAAGCGAUACCCCUGCCGGUAUCGUGAUACUCAUGGUUGCGAAAAGACGUUUACCACCUCAGGUCACGCUUCGCGCCAUUCCAAGAUCCACACCGCAGAGAAGGCUGUUCAAUGCACUUUUGCAGGAUGCCAGAAGAAAUUCACACGCGCCGAUAAUAUGAAGCAGCACCUUGAAACUCACUUCAAGGAUAAAAGCCGAUCUUCCGGUAGCCAGCGCAGUCAUAGAACAUCCCUAGCAGAUGCUCGUCGCAACUCUACAUCCGGGCGCCUUUCCGCGAGCCGCACAUCCUCGUCUAGAAGCCGACGCGACGCUGAUCCCUAUCCCCUUCCCACACCCCCGCUGGCCUCGCCCAGUGUCAGCAGUGGAUCUUGGGACUUGAGUGGCCGUAACCUACCCAUUCUCAACCGCCCUGUCGCAGACAGGACCCCUAGUGGUCUGGAUGCCCUCGCUAUGGCCGUCGCAUGCCAAGAGGGUUCUGGUAUCUAA